AUGGCGAUGAAGAGGCCUUUGCAGUGUAUGUUGAGGAGGAUUUACAGGAGAGGAGGAAGUUUUAGAAGUUUUACUGCACUUCCUGAAGGCAGCACCACAACUUCCCCUUCUCAAAAUCUCAUCGAUUUGGAGUAUGAGUGCAGUGCUCACAAUUACCAUCCGAUUCCUAUCGUCUUUUCUAGAGCUAAGGGUUCAUCCAUCUGGGAUCCUGAAGGGAAAAAGUAUCUUGAUUUCCUCUCAGCUUAUUGUGCUGUCAAUCAGGGACACUGUCAUCCAAAGAUCAUGAAAGCAUUAGCAGAACAGGCUCAAACGCUCACUCUUAGUUCUCGUGCCUUCUAUAAUGAUAAGUUUCCAGUAUUUGCAGAAUAUAUAACCAACAUGUUUGGAUAUGAUAUGGUGCUACCAAUGAACACUGGUGCAGAAGGAGUAGAAACAGCUCUUAAGCUGGCAAAGAAAUGGGGUUACAUGAACAAAAGAAUACCGAAAAACGAGGCUAUCAUUGUCUCAUGUUGUGGCUGCUUCCAUGGUCGGACAUUGGCUGCGAUCUCCAUGAGUUGUGACAAUGAAGCUACUCAUGGUUUUUGGCCCCUAUUACCUGGGCAACUUAAAGUUGAUUUUGGAGACGUUGUUGCCCUUGAAAAAUUAUUUAAAGAGAAAGGAGAUCAGAUCGCUGGCUUUUUGUUUGAACCAAUUCAAGGAGAGGCUGGGGUUAUAAUUCCGCCAGAAGGUUACCUGAAGGCUGUUAGAGAUCUUUGCUCAAAGUAUAAUAUUUUGAUGAUUGCUGAUGAAAUACAAAGUGGCUUGGCACGCUCUGGUAGAUUGCUGGCUUGUGAUUGGGAAGAAGUUCGUCCAGAUGUUGUUAUAUUGGGAAAAGCAUUAGGUGGUGGAGUCUUGCCUGUGAGUGCUGUACUUGCAGAUAAAGAUGUUAUGCUUUGUAUUCAGGCCGGAGAGCAUGGAAGCACCUUUGGGGGGAAUCCUUUGGCUAGUGCAGUUGCAAUUGCAUCUUUAGACGUGAUAAGAGACGAAGGACUUGCAGAGAGAUCUGCUCAGAUGGGAGAGCAACUUAGACAUCAGUUGAUGAAGGUUCAGGGGCAGUUUCCUAAUUUCAUAAAAGAAGUUCGAGGGAAAGGCCUAUUCAAUGCUGUGGAGCUUAAUAGUAAGGCUUUGUUACCUGUGACAGCUUAUGACAUAUGUAUGAAACUGAAGGAGAGAGGAAUUCUUGCUAAGCCAACUCAUGAUUCUAUAAUACGCUUGACGCCCCCGCUGUCCAUGAGUUUGGAGGAGCUCCAAGAAGGCUCUAAGGCCCUGCAUGAUGUUUUUGAACUUGAUCUACCGAAGAUGCAGAAAGAGAAGCCAGCAACAGUUUCCCAUGCUACCUCUAGUGUCUGUGACCGCUGUGGCCGCAACUUAUAUGGCUCUUCAUAAGAUAUUGAAAGUAGAGGUAGUUUUCAUAGAUAGCAGUAGGCCCCGUCUUCUUGUUCUACACUAUACAUUUCAUAUCAUUCGAAUUGCUUGCCCAUACGCCAUCAUAAAAAAAGUAUCAUCACAGUACUCCAGAUGUCUGAACUUAUGUACGAUCAACUAUUUGGUGCCCGUUAAAAUCAUUAUCUAUGACAAGCUUGAAUCAGGCACAACCUAACUACUUAUAUUUGAGUUCUUGCAUACUGAGAAAUGCAAAUAAAGUUGUCUGUUUGCUGAGUA